UGGGAGUCCCCCUUGCGAGGGUCCCUUUUGCAGUGCGGAUCCAGUAGUUGGAGUUCUAACUAAAAAGAGAGGAGCGCAAGGAGUGAGCGCAGCUGAGUGAGCAAACAGAAGUAGAAACAUUAGGUGAAUUUUGACACUAACGAACGUCGUUUUUGAAAGACUGUCACUUUUACUGCCCUGGAUCCAUCUUUCCAGCCUUGUAGAAUAACGCCCUUGUUUCCCGCCUGAAAACUCACACGGUCGUGUCAGCUGGCAUGAGCUAACCCACCAGACAUGGAAACCAAACCUUUCUUGUCAUUGGGGUUCCUGAAGCCCCAGUGCUCGCUGGCUCCGCCUCCCCAGCGUGGCCGCUCGGGGGAGGCCUGCUCCUGUUUCACCGGCAUGUGUCACCUCCACCAGCGCCGGAUAUCUACAGGUAACACUCAACGCCAUCUCCACAUCCCAUCGCCAUCUGCCCCGUCAUGGCAGACUCAGCACCUGGGAAGACACCUGUAUGAAAUAAAUUCAUCAGGCCAGGUGACCUCAUCUCCCCUGGGCUCUCCCACGUCCCACCGGGGCAUGCACCCAUCCCUGCUCAGCCCGUCCUCCAUGGGGCCCUCGGGCUCCCUGCACUCUCCCAUCAGCACCCUGAGUUCUCCCAUGAACGGCCUGGGCUCGCCUUUCUCUGUCAUCAGCUCCCCCAUGGGCCCACACUCCAUGUCCUCGCCCGGCAUGGGCUACGGCCCCAGUGUCAGCCCCCAGAUGUUCCAGCUGAACUCCCCGAUGAACUCGGUCAGCAGCUCGGAGGACAUCAAGCCCCCCCUGGGUCUCAACGGGGUGAUGAAGGUGCCCGCCCAGCCCUCACAAGGGUGCAUGCCCCUCUCCCUCACCAAACACAUCUGUGCCAUCUGCGGGGACCGCUCGUCAGGUAAACAUUAUGGAGUGUACAGCUGUGAGGGCUGUAAAGGCUUCUUCAAGAGGACAGUGAGGAAGGACCUGACCUACACCUGCCGAGACAACAAGGACUGUCUGAUCGACAAGCGCCAGCGCAACCGCUGCCAGUACUGUCGCUACCAGAAGUGUCUGGCCUGUGGAAUGAAGAGAGAAGUUUUGUUACACACAGCCGUCCAGGAGGAGCGCCAGCGGGCCAAAGAGCGCAGUGAGAACGAGGUGGAGUCCACCAGCGGCGUCAACGAGGACAUGCCCGUGGAGAAGGUCCUGGAGGCAGAGCUCGCUGUGGAACCCAAGACCGAGACCUACAUCGAGACCAACCUGGGCAUGCCAUCCAACUCGCCCAACGACCCGGUGACUAACAUCUGCCAAGCAGCCGACAAGCAGCUCUUCACGCUGGUGGAGUGGGCCAAGAGGAUCCCCCACUUCUCUGAGUUGCCCCUGGACGACCAGGUCAUCCUCCUACGAGCAGGGUGGAACGAGCUCCUCAUCGCAUCCUUCUCGCACCGUUCGAUAGCGGUGAAAGAUGGGAUCCUCCUGGCAACAGGGCUACACGUCCAUCGUAACAGCGCCCACAGUGCUGGAGUGGGAGCCAUCUUUGACAGAGUGCUCACAGAACUGGUAUCCAAAAUGAGAGACAUGCAGAUGGACAAGACAGAGCUGGGUUGCCUUCGGGCUAUCGUCCUCUUCAACCCAGACUCUAAAGGCCUGUCUAACCCAGGUGAGGUGGAGGCUUUGAGAGAGAAGGUCUACGCCUCUCUGGAGGCCUACUGCAAACAGAAAUACCCAGAUCAACCUGGCAGGUUUGCCAAGCUGUUGCUACGGUUACCAGCCCUGCGCUCCAUUGGUCUGAAGUGUCUGGAGCACCUGUUCUUUUUCAAGCUCAUCGGGGACACGCCCAUCGACACCUUCCUCAUGGAGAUGCUAGAGGCGCCCCACCAAAUGACAUAACUGCAGGCGGUGUGUCACCCUUGUUCCCCCCCGCCCCCUCCACCCCUAACCCGCUGGACAGCGAGAGUGGUCCUGCAAACUGUUCCCCCUUGAGAGACUGAUGUGUCUCCUCCCUUUCUACCCUCUUUGAUGUGUUUCAAAAAACAAGUUCAAUGUAUAUGGGUCUGUUUUAUAUAUUGUACAAAUAUAUAAAUAUAAAUAUAUAUAUAACUCAUGAGAGACAACGAUGGACUGGAGAUGAAACGGACCGAGGAGAAAAUAAGUGUUUGAAGCCAUUGUUUUGUAAGGUGAAACAACAGCAGAGUAGACCAGGUGUAACAUGUAGCUGUCUGCAGGUGUAUCUUUAACUGUUCCAUCAUUGGAUGCACAGCAGCGUAGUAAUUGGGACAAUCGUGUUUUGGACUUGUUGAAGAGAGGCGGGGCUGCAUGGGCUGUCCCUGGCUCUGAUUGGAGCCCUCUCACUUUUAGAACUAACUUAAUGUUCUGUGUGCUGAGGGGAGGAGCCAGGCCCGGUCUUGUCUGGUCCGAUACAGUCCGGACUGGACCGGUUGGGUCUGUUUUGAGGUGUAUUGUAGACAAGGACUCAGAGGUGAGAACAUGUAGAUGAACGGUGCUCCACGCAGGUCUCUGAACCCAAACUCAGCCGUUUCUCCACAUCUCCUUAUUCUAUUAGCACUGUUUGAACAUGAGAGGAGAGACGCUACAUCGGUCCAGUGUUCAGAGGCUCAGAUAGCUUCAGAGACUGAUUGGAGUGAAAGCCUGCAGUGUGGCCUCUUAGGACCAGAGCUGGAUGACCUCCAUGUGGCAUGACUGUCUGCACAGAGAAGCUUCUCUCUGGAACUACUCAUUCUGGUGUACUGGACUGACGUUAGGCACAGUGUGUAUCUGGAGUCUCCCUGACAUAGGCCCUAUACUACAUGUCAUUACUGUGUGAUCUGGAAGGUUGCCACUGGAAGGAAAGCAAACAGAUAUAUGUUCUCGUACUACAAUUAUUUGUCCUGUUUCCUAUCUGAGUUAAGGUGACCACAAAAUGAAGAAGAAAUAGACAGAUGAUUUGACUGAAUUGUACUGUAAGGAAAUAGUGUCCGCUGAUCUGAACUAAGUGCUUUUUAAAGUGAUGCCAUGUCUUUGUCAUGUCUCCCUCCACCUCUGAGAACUUUUGUUCCACUCUUCUGUGAAUUUCAACACACCAUGAUUGACCUUCACACAGCAACCAAGCCUGCUGUUCCUCACAGUGUAAACUAGCUUUAGAAGGUCUUUGACCUGUACUGGACAUUGCAACCACACACACAAUGGUAUAUGUUUAAUUAUUCAUUGCAAAACUAUUUUAAAUUACCUCUGUUUUCACCCCGCCCCCCGCUCUGCUUCAAUACAGUCAUGUUUAUGGCUAGAUGUACUCUUAUUGCUUGGCACUUAACCUCAGUAUUGUGGAGCUCAUGCUGCUCCAUUGCAAGCUCACCUCUGGGGCAGCCAGAUCAGGCUGAGGCCCAGGCCAUCCAUCCACUCUGACUGGAGGAUGUGGGCCUGGUGAAGAGACAGAGACUGUUGACUACUCUGCUGCCCAGCCUCCCCUCACCCUCAGAGGGAUCCAUAGCCUGCACUUCUGUGGGCAACACAGUUUCAUUUAAGUCAAAUUAAAAUGUUAAAUAUGUAACGUUAUGUAUAAAUCUGCUAUAUGCCCAUAUUGCGCUUUUUUUCUUUCUAUGCUACAGCUGCUGCAUAACUAUGCAUCUAGUGUUUCUUUUCUCCAAAGAUUGUCCAUGGAGUGGUUUCGUUGUUAUUAUAAAGGGGUGGUUAAACCCUGUCCUGGAGGACAGCAGACUGCUUUGGAUUUCAAUCAACUUUAUCAGAGAUCCAGGAGCGAGUUUGGCAGUCCACAUUAUGAUAGCAGACUAGGGAGAGCCACAGAGAAAUAGAAUAGAACAUUUGCUUUGCGAUAGAGAGUUUGACCAGCGAGAAUAGAGAAUUUGGUGACUAUGGGAGAGCUGUGACUUCCCCCUAGUGGAAGAGAUGCAGCACUGCAACAUUACUUGAAUUUUGUACAAGUAUUUAACCAGAAAUGGCACUUUUUCAUGACAUUAUCAAUGUUCAUUUUUGUCUUUGGUCAGUCAAAACCUCAACGUGUUUGCUCGCAGAAAGAUUGAAUGAAUAACAAUAACCUCAGCAGGAUUGAUUGACACGUCCUUACUUCAAAUCUAGCUUGUGUAUUUCAGUGCGGUGAUUGUAUUUUCAUUAGGUCAUAUUUUAAACUAUUUAGGAGAAGAAGAUUUGUGUUUAGGCCAAUUCUGUCUAAACAAUAUUUUUAAUCGAGGCUAAUUGUAAUUGUCAAAAAACAAAUGAAUUGGCUCAUUGUUCAAAUUAUACCAAUUUAAGCACUAGUAAAAGUAAUUCUCUGGAACAUGAGUAGGUCAAAUCAAACAUUUCAGAAAAAUAACCACAUGCUUUUUAGAUGUACACCUGCUCACUUGUGUCUGAUGUCUCCUAUUCUCUGCUUGAUCAGGUUAAUGUGAUUCAAGACCCCAGGUGUAUACUGUACGUUAAAGCCAUACGCAGAUGUGCAAGCUCGCUCACUCCUGCAGGGAUUGGACAGAGAAGGGUCCUCUGGACGGAUACAGAAAUGAUUACUUAGAUAGAAUGAAUAGCUACGGAAAAUGCUUUAUAUACCAUAAAGCUAUAUUUUGUCUAUAUGUGUACAUAUUUAUAAAUAUCUCUAAAUCCGUUCUGUGUUUCCAGUUAAUUUAGAGCAACAGGGAGACAAGUAGUUCAGUUAAAACUAUCUGAGCCAGGCCUGAUUCCAGUGUUAUACUCAAUAGUUUCUUGGUGUUUGUCAAAAAAUGUCAUGUACUUUUUUACAUUGACCUCGAUUCUCUAAAAGCAAAAGUCUUCAAUCAACCAGCAUAAUACAAGGACCGCAAAGCCCUAACCCUCACCAGCUAACAGCUGUUCUAUAUGGGACCUGAAAACAGCAACAAAAAAAAACGGGUUAUUACACACAAAAGACAUGAAGCCCUCCAAAAUCUAUUUAUUGCUUAGCAACUUGUAUGUUCAACGUUAUCAGGAAACGCUGAGCUCAUGACACAAUCACAGAUUUCUUUGUCGAAUUCAGCAAAAUGUCAAGAAAGAAAAAAAACUUCUUGACAUGUAUUUUUGUACAAAGGUAAUUUUAUCCCUUGCUUAUGUACUCUGUACCUGCCAUUUUCCUCCUGUGGGCUGUUGUAUACAUUGUUUGUGUAAAUGUUGAUUUAGAAUGGGGAAGGAAAAAGUGCGAAGAGGGGUUGCAGUGACACCCUGGUAACUGUCGCCUAUACUUUGCCUUUUCGGGCCUAUCGAUACAAGAUGAGAUUGUCCUCUCAUUACAUUUUUGUCUAUUUUUAACGAGUUGGAAAACGUCAUCUGUUCUUUGUGGGUUGUUCUCCGAUAUUCUAUCUUUCAUGGAAAGACAAAAAGAUUAUAAAAAAAAUCUCAAA